CAGCUAUGAAAUACUGGGACACAUUGCAAGUGUGUCGCGAACUGCUCAGUCUUGUGACAUCACUAUGACAAGAUGUUGACUAUGAAGUGAGAGCUUGUAUGUGUCGACAACUUGCUCCAAUAGCGAAGCAGCUGGGAUCCAAACUGACAGGCAAUCUCAUUCUAUCCGAGUUGAUCGAACUCGCCAAAGACAAAGAAUGCACCGUGCUCAUGUCGUGUUUUGAAACUCUCGUCUCCAUUCUUGACCAACUGGACAAAGAGUUGAGAGUUUCGUCUGUCAUUCCUCUCGUGUGAGAGUGUUUUGAGAAUGCGUUUGCAUGGAAGGAUGCGUCGCUGCAAGUCGUGUGUCAGUUGUAUGGCAGGUUUUGCCACGUGUUGAAGGACGUAUGCGACAACGAUCAUCGCAAACGGUUUCUCAAUUUUUAUUGUCAGAUGGCAACAUUGAAUCAAGGGAAUGCAAAAUCGCAGAUGCUUGUCACGGCUGCAAAAACGAUGGCGAUGAUCCUUUUUGCCAAGGCUCAUAAUUUUGAUCACGAACUGUCGGUAACUCUUCAGCAAUUGGUGACAGACCAACAUCCUAAAAUUAGAAGGACAGUACAGCAUCAGGAUUUCAUGAGCGUUCUUGAACUGUGGAGCUGUGAAACUGUGUAUCUUGUCAAACUAGAGUCAGCAAGAAUUCGUCUAGCCUAUCCAACCCUUCAUGGAAGGCGACAGAGUAAUAGUCUUGGCUGCUGGUUCAAUCCAACUCCACACUGUAUCAAGCACAUUUCUCGACACAAUUUUAUCAUUUGGCAGUGUGUUGAGUGAGAAUGCCUUCCUUGCAACUCGGACUUUGCAUAUGCAAGUAUUGCUCUAGAACUCUAAUCUUGUUUUGAAGUUCCACGAUUUCAUUUGCUUGCUGUUCAAUUAUCCGAUGUAAAGCAUCAGCUUCAGUCUCAGUGAAAUUUUCUACAAUUAAUUUUAGGAUCUUCACGUUUGAGAUCACUACUAUACACACGUCUUGAUCAACUGCGGAUGAGGUAGAACAGCCUCUGCUUUCUGAUUUAGACAUUACAGCUAUGGAAUAGUGAGUAUGUGUUGUGUUACUUUAGACAUUACUGUUGCUGGGACUGCAAGGCUAAUUGUAAACAGACUGUAGCUAUAGAGUACGUGUACUGUACCCAUCGAGUGCAAGUUAUCACAGUAAGAACUUUGACUUGGCCAAUCUCAUGUAUACAGUAGCAAACUAGACUGCCCAUGGCAGAACAAUGCAGAACG